AAUUAGCUCUCUCACUUCAUUAAUCAUUCAUUUCUUCUCCCUUCAAAUUUUUUAUAUAUAAUUCCUCGCUUCACUUCCUUUUAUCUCGCUUCACUUCAUUUUAUCUCGUCAAACCCUGAACUGGAAGCUCUAAGUUGUAUUAAUGGCAGUUGUCAGGCAGCGCAGACAGUUGAAUCUGCAACUCUCUUUACCAGAAUCCGACCGUUGCCCACGUUUCCCCUUACCUCUCCCUCCAGCUGCAGCCCCCUCCGGCAAUUCUGCCGCCGCGGCAGCCGCCAUAACAUGCGCAGACUUGGACAGGCUACAAGUCCUCGGCCACGGAAAUGGUGGAACUGUCUACAAAGUCCGUCAUAAAAGGACUGACAAGAUUUUUGCUUUGAAAGUUGUCCACGGCGAGAGCGACUCCACCCUCCGCCGCCAAGUCUUCCGCGAAAUGGAAAUCCUCCGCCGUACAGACUCUCCUUUCGUCGUCCAGUGCCACGGCGUGUUCGAAAAACCGUCAGGGGAUAUUGCCAUGGUGAUGGAGUACAUGGACGCCGGCACUCUCGACACAUUACUGCAAAAAAAGGGGACUUUCUCUGAACAAAAACUCGCCCACAUCGCAGCCCAAAUCCUGAAAGGAUUGAGUUAUUUGCACGCGCAUAAAAUCAUUCAUCGCGAUAUUAAGCCGUCGAAUCUUCUUGUGAACAGUAACAUGCAAGUGAAAAUCUCCGACUUCGGCGUCAGUAAAAUUAUGUGCAGGAGCUUGGACGCCUGCAAUUCUUACGUCGGAACUUGCGCGUACAUGAGUCCGGAGCGGUUCGAUCCCGAAACUUACGGCGGAAACUACAAUGGUUACGCCGGCGAUAUUUGGAGCUUGGGGCUGACUUUGCUGGAGCUUUAUUUGGGUCAUUUUCCGUUUCUACAACCGGGUCAACGACCCGACUGGGCUACCCUUAUGUGCGCGAUUUGCUUCGGAGAUCCCCCGAGUUUACCCGACGGGGUAUCCGAGGAAUUUCGUAGCUUCAUUGAGUGUUGCCUGCAGAAGGAGUCUAGUAAGAGAUGGACGGCCUCUCAGCUGUUGAACCAUCCGUUUCUGGGAAAGGAUCUGGGAUCCGAGUGAUUAGUGGAUAGGUUUGACCCGAAUGCCCGUGAAGUUUUGGACCGGGGUUUGAGUUUUGUGGAUAGUAACGGAUUCAGUUUAGUUUUUUUUUUUUUUUUUUUUAAAAUGUCCUUUAAUUUGUACAUCCUUGUUUCUCCUAUUCUACAAAUUAUUAUCUUUUCUUCUA